AACUGCAGUAUUGUAGCAGCCAUCAUUAGCUGUGCGGAAGCCGUACGAGCAACAGUAACAUGGUCCGAAUGGCGAUUGUCGUGUUUACGCUUUUCUACGCGUUAUGUUGUUUCGCGCCCUGUCUUGCCUUCGAGUUCGAUGAUUGCGGCUCAACAUUAGGUAAAUUCACAGAAGUAGUGAUCUCCGAAUGUAGUACGUCCGAUGAAAAAUGUAACUUCGUGCGCGGUACUAAUGCAACUAUGUCUAUCAACUUUAAACCUAACAAAGAUAUCUCACACAUCGUUGCACGUGUUUACGGUAUACUGAAUAUCCUUCCGGUACCUUUUCCAUUAAGCCAGCCUGAUGUGUGCAAGGAUCCUAAUGCUGGGCUUAAAUGUCCUUUACACAAGGAUCAAGAAUAUCAUUAUAUGACCAUGAUGUCCAUAAAAAAGAAUUUCCCUUCGGUGAAUGUCAAGAUUAAGUGGGAAUUUGUGAAUGAGAACAACGAAAAAAUAGUGUGCAUAGAAUUUCCUGCCAAAGUUACGUGAUUCCAAGGAUGUUAUCUCAACAAAUGAAAAAUAUAGAAAAAUAUUGAUGAUUUUACCUUUAUAGAAACAUGAAUGUGUUAUUUUUUAAUUAAAUAUUUUGACAUAAAUUUAAUAUGUAAUAUUUAACUUCAAAU